AUGGCACCCUCAAAGACGUCCUCAACCGUCACUGCCGCCGCGACCGGCAAGGACCAGCAGCAGCCAAAGGUUGUCAAGCUGAACGCGCAGGUCCCCGAUGGCGACAAGCCAAGCAAGGGCAUUGAGCAGGAGAAGAAUUACAGAGACUUCUUUUGGACUUACACGGAGGAGCCGCACCGCACCCGGCGCCUGGCCAUCAUCAAAGCCCACCCCGAGGUGACGAAGUUGUGCGGUCCUGAGCCCUUGACCAAAUAUGUCGUGCUCUUUGUCGUGUCGCUCCAGAUCUUCUGCGCCUAUCUGCUCCGCAACACGUCCUUCUUCUCACUACCCUUCUGGGCUCUGGCCUAUGUUGUGGGCGCGACCGCCAACCAGAACCUCUUCCUGGCCAUCCACGAGAUCUCGCACAACCUCGCCUUCCGCUCGCCGACCGCCAACCGCCUGUUCGCCAUUCUCGCCAACCUGCCCAUUGGCAUCCCCUACAGCGCCUCCUUCCGCCCCUACCACCUGACGCACCACAAGUCGCUCGGCGUCGAUGGGCUAGACACGGACUUGCCUACCGCCCUCGAGGCCGUCUUUCUCGACUCCAUCCUCGGGAAGGCCUUCUUCUGCACGUUCCAGAUCUUCUUCUACGCCGUCCGUCCCAUGGCCGUCUACGCCGUGCCCUUUACCUGGGUCUCGGCCGUCAAUGUGGCCACGCAGGUGCUUUUCGACACCAUUAUCCUGCGCACCCUGGGCGCGCAGUCGCUGCUCUACUUUUUGCUAUCGUCGUUCCUGGCGGGCUCGCUGCACCCCCUAGCGGGCCAUUUUAUCGCCGAGCACUACGUCUACUCGACCGUGACACCUACACAGGCGGACCCCGACAACAAGGUGCCGAUCCCCGAGACCUACUCGUACUAUGGCGUAGGCAACUGGUUCACCUACAAUGUCGGCCUGCACAAUGAGCACCACGACUUCCCCGCCAUCCCCUGGACCCGCCUGCCCAAGCUCUACGAGAUUGCCCGCGAGUUCUACGAACCCCUGCCCCAGCACCGCAGCUGGAGUUAUGUUAUUUGGCAGUUCAUCUUUGACGACAAUGUGGGCAUCCGUUGCCGUGUCAAGAGGAAGGAAGGUGGCAGACUUGUUGGCGCUGGUGGAACCAAGAAAGUAGACGACUGGAAGGAGACUGAGAUUGAGGCCUAA